UGGUGGAGAACUACACACUACUGACCCAGGGCUUGUGCUGUUUGAGAAUGAAACCAUUCUCAGCUUCUGUUCUUGUUUUCAUGUAUUUUCUCUACGCUGAUGCUUCAGAAUUCACCUUUUCUGAUGAAGCCACUGAGCCCAUUUGUGACCAGCUAAGAGAGCUGUUCCAAACCUGCCCGAAAAGCUACAUACCUGUCUGUGGAACCGAUGGUGUCACCUAUGACAAUGAAUGCUACCUUUGCAAUGCAGUUCAAAAAGGUCGGUCCGAUAUCAUGAUUCAGAAGUUCGGGCCGUGUGAAUAUUAUCGUCAUGAAGACUGAUCAGUCUCUAUCAGUCAAAUUGAAAACAUUUAUAUCAAUCAUAAUUAAGAAAUUCUUAUUCCUGAAAAUAGAAGCAAUCAAACCAUUUGACUGUUAAGAGUGCUAUCUUUAAGAUUGUUAAAUCCAUCAAAAGUUUUUUUUGUAUGUAAACCAAGACACAGUGAAUUAUUUAUUAUGGCACCGAGAACUGCGGAUAUUUUAUCAAUAACAUGUAUUUGUAUAGCAUUUUAACUUUGAAACACAUUGAAAUGUUUUAUUCAGAAGCGUGCUGAUCAGGCAAUUAAAAUGACAGUUAAAUUGAACUUGAGACCUUAAUUGACAUGAAAACUUUGGUCAAAGAGAUAAAGAUCAUCUUAAAGGAAGUGUGUGAAUUGGAGAUACAGAGGAGGAUUUUAGAGAAUUUGUGUCCAGACUGUUGAAGGCAUGGACAAUAAUUGGGGAUUGAAGAAAAUAAGGGAUGAGGACAGAGUUGCAGGAGCAUAGAGUUCCUGAAGG